AACUUUCCUCCCCUUUUCUCAAGAACCUCAACAACUCAACCAUGUCUGGACGCGGCAAGGGCGGCAAGGGACUCGGCAAGGGCGGCGCCAAGCGUCACCGCAAGGUUCUUCGCGACAACAUCCAGGGCAUCACCAAGCCCGCCAUCCGCCGUCUCGCACGCCGUGGUGGUGUGAAGCGUAUCUCCGGCCUCAUCUACGAGGAGACCCGCGGUGUCCUCAAGGUGUUCCUCGAGAACGUCAUCCGCGACUCGGUCACCUACACGGAGCACGCUCGCCGCAAAACCGUGACGGCCAUGGACGUCGUGUACGCCCUCAAGCGCCAGGGCCGCACCCUGUACGGCUUCGGCGGAUAAGCGCAUUCCGCUUAGAAGUUCGUGCAGCUUCGGCUGCCUGAGCAACAACUUUGCAGCACUGGUAGCUUUCUAGCUUGCCUUCGUUGCGAGUGGCUUUAGCCUCUCACUUCAUUCUGGUGUUUUUUAACACCACCCUUUUCGAAGAAACAACUCGUAGCCUUUCAUUAGGCGAAGCUU